UGCUUUUCAGGCUCUUCCGCUUUGCUCUUCUGCUUCUAAUGAAUUGAAAUCUCCGCGAGCCGCCACGGCUCUGGUACUUUUACAAAACUGUCCUUGCUCUCUCUGCAUUCGUCCAGUCAAGGGUAUCUCUGCCUGAGAGGCAGCCUAGCCUGGGCCUCCCAGCUUCCAGCUACAGCCUGCUUCGCAGACCUGACGGAAUCAGAAGGGGUUCAAUGCUCCGCAGUUGGUCUACUGCCAACCCUCCCCCUCCAUGAGCCUUGGUUCUGAUGCAACCUUUGGUCAUGCAGGGAUGCCCUUACACCCUCCCACGAUGUCAUGAGUGGCAUGCUGCUGACAGGUUUCAUCACAGCAGCAGCCUCCGAAACACUUGUCCCCAGCCUCAGGUUAGAGCUGCAGUCACCAUCCCUGCAUCACCUUGGGAUGGUGCUGGGGAUCCCUGCCUAAGUCCAAAGCUCUUGAACGGGUCUGUUGGAGCCAUUGGCCCCCUGGAACCAUCAGCCAUGAAUCUGUGUUGGAAUGAAAUAAAAAAGAAGUCUCACAACCUCCGCGCUCGCCUAGAAGCCUUCUCAGACCACAGUGGAAAACUUCAGCUCCCGCUCCAAGAGAUUAUUGACUGGCUCAGCCAAAAGGAUGAGGAAUUGUCAGCUCAGCUGCCCUUGCAAGGGGAUGUGGCCCUGGUACAACAGGAGAAGGAGACACAUGCAGCCUUCAUGGAAGAAGUCAAGUCUAAAGGCCCCUAUAUCUACUCUGUGCUGGAAUCUGCUCAGGCUUUCCUGUCCCAGCACCCAUUUGAGGAAUUAGAGGAGUGUCAUUCUGAGAGCAAAGAUACCUCCCCUAGACAGCGUAUUCAAAACCUUAGUCGCUUUGUGUGGAAGCAGGCAACAGUGGCCAGUGAACUGUGGGAGAAACUGACAGCCCGCUGUGUGGAUCAGCAUCGCCACAUUGAGCAUACUCUGGAACAUCUGUUGGAGAUCCAAGGGGCAAUGGAGGAAUUAAGCAGUACUUUGACCCAAGCAGAGGGAGUCCGAGCCACGUGGGAGCCCAUAGGGGAUCUCUUUAUUGAUUCCCUCCCAGAGCAUAUCCAAGCCAUCAAGUUAUUCAAAGAAGAAUUCUCUCCUGUGAAAGAUGGGGUGAAGUUAGUGAAUGAUCUGGCCCACCAGCUUGCCAUCUCAGAUGUACACUUGUCAAUGGAGAAUUCAAGGGCUCUGGAACAGAUCAACAUCCGCUGGAAACAGCUCCAGGUGGCAGUUGCUGAGAGGCUUAAGCAGCUCCAGGAUGCCCACCGGGACUUUGGGCCUGGGUCACAGCACUUCCUCUCCACUUCUGUCCAAGUUCCCUGGGAACGAGCAAUUUCUCCCAAUAAGGUCCCCUACUACAUCAACCACCAGGCUCAGACCACAUGCUGGGACCAUCCCAAGAUGACUGAGUUAUACCAAACCCUAGCUGAUCUGAACAACAUUAAGUUCUCAGCUUACCGCACUGCCAUGAAGCUCCGCAGAGUCCAGAAGGCCCUGCGCCUGGAUCUGGUAACUUUAACUACAGCUCUGGAGAUCUUCAAUGAGCACGACUUGCAGGCCAGUGAACAUGUAAUGGAUGUGGUGGAGGUCAUUCACUGCUUGACUGCCUUGUAUGAACGACUGGAGGAGGAAAGAGGCAUCCUGGUCAAUGUGCCACUGUGUGUAGACAUGAGCCUCAACUGGCUCCUCAAUGUUUUUGAUAGUGGUCGCAGUGGAAAGAUGCGAGCAUUGUCCUUUAAGACUGGUAUCGCAUGCCUGUGUGGCACCGAAGUGAAAGAAAAACUUCAGUAUCUCUUCAGCCAAGUGGCCAAUUCAGGCAGCCAGUGUGACCAACGCCAUCUCGGUGCCCUGCUUCAUGAAGCCAUUCAAGUGCCCCGUCAGCUGGGUGAAGUGGCAGCAUUUGGGGGCAGCAAUGUGGAGCCCAGUGUCCGUAGUUGCUUUCGCUUUAGCACUGGCAAGCCAGUCAUUGAAGCGUCCCAAUUCCUGGAGUGGGUCAACUUGGAGCCCCAGUCUAUGGUGUGGCUGGCUGUUCUGCAUCGGGUCACCAUCGCUGAGCAAGUGAAGCAUCAGACCAAGUGCUCUAUCUGUAGACAGUGCCCCAUCAAAGGGUUCAGGUACCGGAGUCUGAAACAGUUUAACGUGGAUAUCUGCCAGACCUGCUUCUUGACAGGCAGGGCCAGCAAAGGCAACAAGCUGCACUAUCCCAUCAUGGAGUAUUACACACCGACCACAUCCAGUGAAAAUAUGAGGGACUUUGCCACAACCUUAAAGAAUAAAUUCCGAUCCAAGCAAUAUUUCAGCAAACACCCUCAGCGAGGUUACCUGCCUGUGCAGUCAGUACUGGAGAGCGACUGCAGUGAGACACCUGCUUCUUCCCCGAUGUUGCCACAUGCUGACACACACUCUCGAAUUGAGCAUUUUGCCAGCAGGCUUGCCGAGAUGGAAAGUCAAAAUUGUUCCUUUUUUAAUGACAGCCUGUCCCCGGAUGACAGCAUAGAUGAGGACCAGUACCUGUUGCGACACUCCAGCCCCAUCACAGACCGAGAGCCAGCCUUUGGACAGCAGGCUCCGUGCAGCAUGGCGACAGAAAGCAAGGGGGAACUAGAGAAGAUCCUGGCCCAUUUAGAGGAUGAGAACCGGAUUCUCCAGGGAGAGCUGAGGCGCCUGAAAUGGCAGCAUGAAGAAGCAGCCGAGGCACCUACCCUGGCUGAGGGGUCCGCUGAAGCAACCCCAGACCACCGCAAUGAAGAGCUUCUGGCUGAAGCCAGGAUCCUGCGGCAGCACAAGAGUCGGCUGGAGACACGCAUGCAGAUCCUUGAAGACCACAACAAGCAGUUAGAGUCUCAACUGCAACGCCUGAGGGAGCUGCUCCUGCAGCCACCCACAGAAUCAGAUGGCAAUGGCUCUGCUGGCUCAUCCCUAGCUUCCUCUCCACGCCAGUCAGAAAGCAGUCAUCCCCGGGAGAAGGGACAGACGACUCCAGACACUGAGGUUGCAGAUGAUGUUGGGUCAAAGAGUCAGGAUGUCAGCCUAUGCUUAGAAGACAUCAUGGAGAAGCUCCGCCAUGCCUUUCCCAGUGUGCGAAGCUCUGAUGUGACUGCAAACACUCUGCUGGCCUCUUGAUGGAGUCAGAUCCCCAUCCUGUAGUU